AUGGCGUCGGUCAAGUCCCUUGGGCUGCAUCAGCCCUCCGGGCUUCGCUACGCAAUCGACGAACAGCUCAUCGACGCCGGCGCUCCAACUUCCUCCUACGCCUGGGACAUCACAACGGACGACGGUGGCCAGGACCGCGUCGAAGACGAGCUGCUGACGACGCGCAACUGCGUCAUUUGGUGCCGAGGCAGAAUCUUCCGCAAGGCCUUCAAGUUCGACCUCGAAAAAGAGCCCGUUAUCCACGCAUUGCUCGCCUAUUUCCCCAAGUCUGAAGAUGCAAAGGCCGAUCGCACCACCUUCAAGAACCCCGUCCCUGGCUCUCCAGCGCUGCAGAAGGCUCUCGUCGUCUUCCUCAAGACCCAGGCCCACAUCUACUUCCUCUCCGGCACAAGCCAUGUCGUCCACAUGCCCUUCGAGGUCGAGUCCGCCUGCGCCGGUCCUGUGGGCGUCAUCAUCCAGCGAAGAGCAAAGACAGAAAAUGUGGCCCCCGUCUCGCUCAAGUUUCCUCGCGUUCCGCCAAACUCCUUUGUCUCAUCGCAGCUCACCGCUUUCAACUGCUCCCAGCAAACCGCCUUCUCGACCGAGGGCUUGGGGAAUCCAAAGGCCCUCCAUCUGAGCCUCAGAUCUACCCUUGAAAACAUGUGGGAUGCGCCCAUGGAGCAGGCCGAAUCUCACUGGCCACGCCUCGUCUCCUUGACAGACCCUUUAGCAGACAUCGGCCUCAUCGUCACCGACUUGGACCCUCACAGCCACCGAGCAGCGCGGAAGGCCACGUCGAGGAAACCGCCCUUCCUCGACCCCGCCGAGGAGUUGCUCCACGUAGAGCGGAUACGGCUGCCUGUCGCGGCUGCCCAGCAUAUGAAAGACCCCCUCAUCCUGGGUGUCACUGUGAAUCGCGAAAAUAGCUCGUAUACCGUGUGGCGACUCACGUACUUGAGCCACGAAGACCCCUUCGUAAGCCAGCACACCAAGACCAAAAACAGGGCCACGCGGCGCCGAAGCUCCAUGCAGCCCGGCUUCGCCAGCGGCGCAUCCACGCCCGUACAGCAAAACUUUCGCGAAAGUCUCGGGGCUCCCCUGCCAGGAAAGCGUCUACGCAGGAGCGACAAGUUUGAAAAGCCGUUGGACCUUGUUUCGUCCCUAGAGCAGCAGGACAAUGACGGUUCUGCAGUCCCGCGAAGAAGUUCUCGCCGGUUAAGCUCAAUGCUGGCUCGGGCGGACCUUUCGGCGUCUCACGAGCGGGCAGUCUUUACCGAGCAACCACUGGUGUCCAAUAGCGGAACAUCCAAACGUCAUGACCAUGGGCGCUCGAGCUCCAGCUUCCAUCCUAUCCAUCCCAGCCUCGGCAGCUUGCUGGAGGCGCCUGUCGAUGUUACUCUGGACGAGGGUCUUCACAACAUGGGCCUCGACGAUCACGACUUUGACGGGUUGCAGCAUGAGAUCCGGUUCACCAGAAUCCAUACAAUCUCCUCGGACAACUCAAAUGUCCGCUACUCCACGUCAGCGCAGCCCGCUCGGAGCCAGGCCAAAGUCUUCAUUCUCACUGCGCCACCGUACGCCGCCGACGAGCAGCAACGUACGCAGCUUCUCGUUGGGAUCCAAGAUUCUCUCGAGAGGCGUCUCCAUCUCAUGACCAUUCACGUCACAUUGCAAGAGAAGUUUGGGCACGUCACAGCUUCCUUGGUGCCACGGGAGCAGUGGAAGGUGCAUAAUGUGGUUGACUCGUCGAAACUGGUCGAUGACAAUCUGUCCGUCAUUCUGGUUCUCUCCGAAUCCAUGGACGGGCGCCACGAGCUGAGCACGCAGGCACCGUGGAUCGAACUGACCAAGAUUUCCUUGUCUCUCUUGUUCGUCGACGACACGAGGAGCUUACAGUUUCACGGUAGAGCGCGGGACCGAGACGUCAAGCAAAGGAAAUCAGAAGUUAUAGAUGUCAGCAACGGCAGCGUUGUGGGCAUCCGUUAUCCCCGGCAGCGCGGUGUCGUCGAUGUCCUGGAUACAGAGGGGCGUCUUCACCAGCUGAGGAUUCAACUGCAGCCCUCGUGUCCUCAGGUGCGUCGGGCUUUGGACAUUUGCAAGAGCGUUCUACCGAACAAUGGGGCAGGGCGCGUUCAUGCCGGAUGGCUGCAUGUCAUGCAGUGGCUGCAGGACAAAGGAGAGUCGGUUGCCAGCGUUGAGUGGUCUGCCUUUGCGACUAUUCUUCUCGCCUCGUUUCUGAAUCUGGGUCGACCCGAAUCCAGGGCGUUCCAGACGGCACGCCUCCCGGUUCUGGCCGUUGAUAUUUUCAUGGCUUUGCACCUGCUCCUCGAGGAACAGAAGCUCGACAUAACAACACCUGAAUACGUGGCCCUUGGGAGGGUCGAUCUGAGAGUUUUGCUAUGUCAGAUAGCCAGGUGGCUGAAGUGGCAUGACUUCUCCUCGAUAUAUGAGCUGGGCAUCCAGGAAGACGUUGAUCCUCGCCAUGACACGGAGCUUAACCUGAAGUCACCGAUUCCUCAGCCGCCAGUGAGGCCCGAUGUUUUCGAAUGGAUCCAAUCUCGGUUCAUCGGCCUUCGUGGACAGCCGUGUCUCACGCCGGCGGACAUCUACUACGCCAGCUCACGACAACCCGAGGCCAGCAAGUUGGAGGACCAGCGCUGGGAUACAAUCACUCCCCGAACUCUCAUGUUCAAGCGCUUCUUCAAGCUUGUGAGACAAAGGACAACUGCGGUGCAGAUGGUAGAGGCGAUGAGAGAUUGUGGGUUCAACAGACACGUUCUCGAGACGCUACCAGAAGCCAUCUCGGCGCCCUUGCAGGAUGCGAUCUCUCUGUGCCAACCCCAUCCGCCAUCCGAGUGGACAAACGACUUGUUGGACUUGGUGAAGCGAAGCGACAUCAGUCUCAUUCUGGUUCCUAAGAAACGACCUCGAAUUCCCGCGUCCAGCAUCCUGGCUCCCACCCAUACUGCAACAUGGGACUUCCGACUUCUCUGCCAAAGCGUUGAAGAGACGAACAAUAUUGGCUAUGACGAAGGGGAAGGCACAGAGCGCCAGGCUGUCAUAAGAGCCUUGUUCAAAGAUGAUCGCCGUCUCAACGAGGCGCAAGAUCUCUUGUCGACUCACAAAGCGAGACUUGUCCGUUUGGAACCCAACCCGAGCUGGCCGGAAAGCGAAUAUCUAGAGAAGCAAAAGGAGCUUGUCUCGCGAAUUGCUACCGGCACGUUGGCCAUCCCGGCUGGCCGGGCGUUGCUAUACUACAGUUUACGAUACCCUCUUAUUACCCAAAAGUUCCACAUCGGGGGCUUCAACCUGAAUUGCGUGGUCAAACCGGCUAACGUUACGGUUGGCGUCGACAAAGCUUUGUUCACGGAGGAAAAGGUUUGCUGGGGGUUUUUCCAUCAAGGAGUUGCGGCCGGCUUGGCCAUUUCGCCUCAAGCAAAGGGCAUCGACACGUCGUGGAUUCUUUACAAUAAGCCUGGACAGGAGCUGAGCAAUCGACAUGCCGGCUUCCUCCUUGCUCUUGGUCUCAACGGCCACCUGAAGGGCGUCGCAAAAUGGGUUGCCUUCAAAUACCUCACGCCAAAACACACCAUGACUUCGGUGGGAUUGCUUCUGGGACUGGCUGCCUCAUACAUGGGCACCAUGGACUCGCUCAUCACCCGCCUUCUCUCCGUUCAUGCUACACGCAUGCUGCCCCGUGGCGCUGCCGAGUUGAACCUGUCGCCGCUCACGCAGACCUCGGGCAUCAUGGGCAUCGGGCUGCUAUACUGCAAUAGUCAGCAUCGGCGCAUGAGCGAAAUCAUGCUCUCGGAAAUCGAGCAGGUGGACGAGGAGGACGAGGAAGAGCCGCUUCGUAGUGAAUGCUACAGACUCGCCGCUGGAUUCGCCCUGGGGUUCAUCAACCUUGGCAAAGGAAAUGAUCUCAAGGGCCUGCACGACAUGCAGCUCACAGAGAAGCUGCUUGCCCACGCUACCGCGACGAAGAACGUUGAGAUAGUCCACAUCCUCGAUCGUGCCGCAGCAGGUGCGGUCAUGGCCAUUGCUCUUAUAUUCAUGAAGUCUGAGGACCAGAUCGUGGCUCGGAAAAUCGACGUCCCCGACUCGGUUCUCCAGUUCGACUAUGUCCGGCCUGACAUUCUACUUCUCCGGACCGUCACCAAGCACCUCAUACUCUGGUCCAAGGUUGAACCCUCUUUUGCCUGGAUUCGUGACAACCUCCCGGCACCAUAUCGCGCCGGACACAGGCUGUUGGGUGUCACAAAGCUGCGGUCGACAGAUCUUCCAUUCUUCAGCAUUGUCACGGGACUCUGUUUCGCCAUUGCGUUGCGGUUCUCGGGGAGUGCGUCGACAAGGGUUAGGGACAUACUCCUGCACUACCUGGAUCAGUUCAUGCACAUUUCUAGCAUCGCGCAGUCGCCAAGGGCGGAUCCGGAUGCCGGCCCCUUGUACGACGAAGAAUUGGCGCGGUCAAACGCCAGGAUGUGUCAGGACAUUCUUGCCAUCUCGUGCUCCAUAGUCAUGGCCGGUACUGGCGACAUUCCCAUUCUUCGCCGCCUGCGGGCCCUCCACGGCCGAGACGACCCCGAUACGCCCUACGGAUCUCAUUUGGCUGCCCACCUGGCCGUGGGCGCCCUUUUCCUGGGCUGCGGUACUACGACGUUUGGGACCAACAACAUGGCCACUGCAGCUCUACUUGUGGCAUUCUACCCUGUCUUUCCCACCAGCGUCAUGGACAACCGAUCUCAUCUGCAAGCGUUCCGCUACUUUUGGGUCUUGGCCACAGAACAGCGUUGUUUAGUCGCCAAGGACGUCCUCACCGGCCAGCCAGUCUCCGUCUCUGUGCAGAUCAAGAUGAAAUCCGACAUGUCCACGGAAUCUACUCUGAACAGAACGACACCGUGUCUCCUGCCACCGCUCGACCAGAUCGCCAGUCUGUCCACUGGCUGUGGGCCGCAGUAUUGGGAUGUUGAACUCGACCUCUCCAACGACGCCCUCAGGACGGCGUUUGCUGAGACACUUAGCCUCUACCUCCGACGACGACCGCCACGCGAGGGACCUUUUCCGUCGACUCUCCGAGCACUCGGCAGGGAUAGUAAGGAGAAGAACCCGCUCGAAUGGGUUUUCGGCCUCGACGGCCUUUCCGGUAUCACAUACGCCGAGAAGGUCGAUUUGCUGGAAAGCGCCGAGCGGGAGCCCGACGCCGGCUCCGCUCUCGACGCCCGCCUGGAGCUCGAGCGAGGCAUCCUCGAUGGUGGCGACCGGGAACGGUUGGAGGGCGCCCGUUUGCUCUUCGAGUGGGGCGCAGUCCGCGAGCGACGUCUCCUCGAGCUUGCCCUCGCAGACGACAGCCAGGCCACGGUCAAAGCCGAGGCGCACGACGAGGGAGUACGGAGCGGGGACGUGUGGUGGAUGCGCGACGGGGCCAUUGAGAGUCUCCAGGGCCAGGUGUGGCUCGCAGCGCGCGACGGCCGCGAGCCAGAGCCUUAG